AUGCCGCAGUCCGCUCACGCCCCACAAAACAAUCCUGCAGUUUCCCCAAUGUCUUCGGGAGAUAACAGUGAAGCAGAGCUGGUCCAACUGGCUUAUGAUGAUGUAACAGGCAACUACUGCUGUAUAGCAGCUGCAACUUGGCUCAUUUUUGAGCAUGCAAUAACCCUUACUGAUGAAAUUGACUACAUAUGGAGACGUAAGAAAACUGGAGUUGCAGUAUUGUUUAUCUCCAACCGUUUUCUUGGAUUGGUAUUGGUCUUCAGCCUGGUGAUGCAGAUACCUCUGUGGAGUACAAAUCCAAGGUCUGAAGCUUGUGAAGAAUUGCUUUUCAUCAAAUGGGCCAUGUUCUCUGCUCUUCGGGUGUAUGCAGUAGGGGGUCAGGCAUGGUGCUCUGCUGCAGUAGUAUUCAUAUUGAACUUUGUGCCUUUUGCAACUAAUCUGUAUGAUGAUGCCACAGCCUCAUACUAUAUAGCAGUUGUUCCUGGCUUUGGGCCCAUCUGUGUGCAAAGUUCAAAUAUAGUGCAACCUAAGAUGCAGAUGUACGAGUCUUACCCCUCUUUUUACCUUGCAACACGAAUCAGUGUCAUUGUGGCAGACAUCAUUGUCCUCGUGGUAACCUGGACAAAGACAUACAGUAUCAAGAGAUAUGCAAACUCAGCUCACAUAGAAGCUCCCUUGGCAACUCUCUUACUACGAGAUGGCACUCUGCACUUUAUGUUACUUCUCCUGCUGUACCUUACACAACUGCUGUUAAACUACUAUGAGGCCUUUGCAUAUGUGUCCUUUGUUAUUGAUGUAUUCGCACAUCUCUUCACACAUGCCAGGACUCACCCAUGCUCACACAACAUUGCAGAUUCACAUGUAUCAUCAUCUCUCGUUUCCUCUUGA